AUGUCGGACGUCGAUGACCCAUCGCCUAUCCCUCUGACAGAGCUGAUCAGCCCGGACUUUACGGCGAGGGCCACACCCCCGGCUCGGUUGACGUCGAUGGCGAGCCCGUUCGCCUUCACCUCGAUCGAACCAGCGCACUUGCUCGAGGACAAGGCGACGCAGGUGCAACGGGCCCAGGUCAGGGAGCAGAAGUCCAAGCAGGAGAUGCAGAGCGACUCGCGCGACCUCUUCUUGAACCAUAGGGUACGUCGUACGCGAGCGUAGCUGCUGCAAUAUGGGUAGCGGCAGGCGGGGCUAGAGCUGCUUUGGCUCCACGGUGGGACCUAUCAGCUUAACACGCCGUGCUGAACUAUUGCAUGAUCCUUUUGGUAGGCCCAUAUCCGUGAAGACCCCAUCGAGGUCAGUCUGGGAGAAUUCUCGCCGGGUCUGGCAGCGUGCGGGGCUCCAGCAUAUCCGCCUUGGCCCCGGGAUUUCCGACUCGACGUCAGAGAAGCCGUAUGAGGUCCUCAACUCAUGCUCUGAGAUUUCGUUAUUCAGGUCGCGAAGCAAUUGUCCAUGUGGGCGAGUGGAACAGGAUGGCGAGCUUAUACGGGUCAGUGAAGACCUCAAAGUACUUUGGUGCGAAUCGGCAACAACGUGCUGACCUCAUCCCGACCCCUGUGAUCGUCCAGAUUAUAUCGGAGCUCGUGUCAUGUACGACGGCUACUCCAAAGCAACCCUUCGAGCUAUCACCAUGGCUCCUCAAGGUCGGGUCCAUUAGUGGUCGAGCAGGUUUUGUCUCCCUCAAUGCGCUCGCUGAUGUCUGGACACUCUUUGUACCACAUCCCAUCUACAGUGCGAAAAAAGAUCAAGCAACUCGCACUUGAGCGCCUUGAAAGCCUUGACCUCCCGCCCGAGGCGAACCGGGAAAAGAAGCUGGCUCAGCUCGAAAAGCAAUUGACCGAAGUCUCGCUGCAGUAUGCCGACGGAAUGGUCGCAAAGAUGGACAGCUUGCGCUUCCUCAGAUUCUUCGGCGCCACGGUCAACAAUGUCCUCGUCCGCAUGUACAACCAGGGCAUUCACAUAAACCUCCCAGAGUAUGCCGCGUUCCGCGAAGUCGCUGUGCAGGCGGCCAAGAACAAGCAGUCGCUCUUGCUGCUCCCCUGCCACAAAUCCCAUAUCGACUAUCUCACCAUCUCUUGGCUCUUCUAUCGUUGUGGACUGUCCCUGCCUCACAUCGUCGCCGGCGAGAAUCUCAACAUGCCCGUCGUUGGCCCCAUGCUUCAAAAGUGCGGCGCCUUCUACAUCCGCCGUAGCUUUGGCGACGACGCUUUAUACCCCGUCAUCAUCAAGGAGUACAUCGAGCAUCUGAUGGAGAACGGUAUGAACAUGGAAUGGUGAGAGGUGUACUCCCUUUUCAGGUUGGCCCUUCGGAAGCUGACCUGAGAAGUGUUCUUCUGUGUCACAGCUUCAUCGAAGGAUCGCGUUCUCGAACGGGAAAGCUCUUGCCGCCCAAGCUCGGCAUCCUGAAAUACGUCGUCGAGGGCCUCCUAGCCGGGCGCACGAGCGAUGUCUUGAUCUGCCCAAUUUCGCUCCAGUACGACAAGGUCAUUGAGACGGAGACCUACAUCAACGAAUUACUCGGCAAUCCCAAGGAGAAGGAGACGCUCACCGGCCUCUUGCUCAACACGCGCGUGGUCCAGCUUCAACUCGGGAGGAUCGAUGUGCGCUUCCAGAAACCGUUUUCUCUUAACGGGUGGAUAGAGGAUCAGAACCAGCGUCGUAGGAGCCAGCGCGAGCCGGGGGCUCCCGUCGAUGCCAAAAAGGAGCAGGCGGUGCUGUUGCGGGCGCUCGGGUACCAAGUGCUGAGUGAUAUCAACAAAGUUGCUGUCAUCAUGCCUGCUGCACUCGUCGGGACGUGCAUGCUGACUAUUCGUGGACGGGUAAGACCGCGGGCGGCCUGCUGGGACCCGGUGUUGACAUGGCACUGACGAGACUCCUUUUAUAUUCGACAGGGUGUUGGUAAGAAGGAGCUCCUAGCCCGUGUCGGAUGGCUGAUCCAAGCCAUCGAGGUACGAGGUGGUCGAGUCGCCGAUUUUGCCGGGAUGGACCUCGAAAUUGUCGUCGAUCGAGCUCUGAUCGUCCUCAAGGAUCUCAUCGGCGAGCACAAGGAUCUGAUUGAGCCCACGUUCUACAUCACCAAGCGCUUUGAGCUCUCCUUCUACCGCAACCAAACGAUGCACCUCUUUGUCUCGGAGAGCAUGUUUUGCGCCUCGUUGUACACGCGAGUCAAGGCCGGUGGAGCGGCACCUUCGCAGCGGAUGGCGAAAAAGGAGAUCAUGCCCGAGUUGCACUUUUUGUCGAGGUUAUUGCAGAACGAGUUUGUGUAUGGCAUCGAGGGUCUCGAGUCGAACGCGGCGAAUACGAUCAACUCGCUGGCGGUGAGAGAAGAUUAAAGCUCUGCGAAGAUCUUGGAAGAGUUUACUGAUAUACGCUCACUGGUCCUUGCCAAGCAGAAGGACGAAGUGAUCCUCGUUGAGGACGAUAUGAUCGGUCUUUCCCCCAAGGAACGCGCUUCAGGUCGCAACAACUUUGGUGAGUCGGCGUCGAGAGUCAACUCGCAUUAUAGACGUGGUAUUGAUGUGAUCGCUAUGCUGCAGAUUUCUUUAACUUCCUCCUGUGGCCCUACAUCGAGACCUAUUGGCUCGCCGCCGUUUCCCUGUUUGCGCUUACGCCUGUGGGGCCGCCUCCCGAGUCGUCAGCGACUCUUGCUUGGGUAUCAGAGAAGGCGUUCCACAAGAGCGCUCAACUGCUUGGCAAAAAUGGCCACUACCAAGGCGAUAUCUCGUAUUUGGAAGCCGUCAACCAAGGUACGCAUAUAAGACUCGCUGCGCAUUCUUAGAAGCACCCCGCUUGUAUUGACGCAUCUGUGACUGUGACAGCAACGCUCGCGAACGCAUUCAUGCGAAUGGUGGAGCUCGGGGUGAUCCUGACUCGACGAUCAACAACACUGAAGGGCUCGCCGCCAUUGAUGGCGUUGCACCCGAAGUGGGUCCCGAGUCGAAUGGCUUCGGGUGAGAUUGCACCUCAGGGAAGGUUGUGGGACUUCGUUUCCCACCUUGGGACAUUCCGACGAGUGAGCUUACAUGUCGGCCCUGAUGAUGUUUGAAUCAUCACUGAUGGAGUUCUUUCCUCUGUCCUUCUUUUACUGCUUCACAGGAAGGCAAGAAUCGCCGCGACAACGCGACCGUUUCGAAGCGGGUGUUUGAGCACUGUCAAGCGAUCGCGCCUCAGGUGCUCGAGUGGACUUCGUUCGAUGGCGCGUCCAAGGCCGAGAAUGACUUUUGGCAGGUCAAGCCUAAUUUAUAA